AUGAGAAAAGAAGGGGGCGUGUCUCACACAGAGCUGUCCAAUGGAGAUGCUCCCGACUUCUUCCAGGAACACUUACGCAGCAUCACCAUCAAUCCAGAUGUCACUUUUGGGUUCGUGAAGAAAUUUGUCUCUGAACUGAAAGAGCAACUGGAGAACAUCUGCAAGGAGAAAUUAGCAAAGAUCUCUGGAGCAGUGAAAGUUGUGGAUCUUCUAAAGGCUCCAGAGCCCAGGACCAGAGCAGAGUUCUUACAAUAUUCCUGCCAGCUCACACUGGACCCAAACACAGCAAAUACACACCUCUGUCUGUCUGAGGGGAACAGAGCAGUGACAUGUGGGACAGUGAAGCAGCCAUAUCCUGAUCAUCCAGAGAGAUUUCAAUUCUGGCAGCAACUGCUGUGCAGAGAGGGUCUGUCUGGACGCUGCUACUGGGAGGCUGAGUGGAGUGGGGAUGUGGUUUAUAUAGCAGUCUCAUAUAAAGAGAUCAGCAGGAAAGGAAAUGGGCAUGACUGCUGCUUUGGACGCAAUGAAAAGUCCUGGAGUUUGCGCUUCUCUGCUUCAGAGUACUCUUUCUGGUACAAUAACAAGAAAACUGAAACCCCUGCUCCUACCUCCCCCAGAAUAGGAGUGUACCUGGAUCACAGGGCAGGAACUCUGUCCUUUUACAGCGUCUCUGACACAAUGACCCUCCUGUACAGAGUCCAGACCACAUUCACUCAGCCCCUCUAUCCUGGGUUUUGGCUUUAUCGGGGUGAUGCUUCUGUCAGAAUUGUGAAGCAAGUUAAAUUUCACUCAAAGCUCAUACAAAAGAAACAUAUCCCUUAA